AUGGGUAUUACGUAUUCCGUCAUUGCAGAUAUCUCUCAGAAUGUUAGUAAUGGCACGAAAACAUACUAUGGGAAGAAUGGAAAUACCAUAGGUCUCACUAGGUCAAACGAGCCGAAGAUUAAAACAAAGGAUAGAGGAAAUGAGGAAGAGCCACUUAAGAAUUACAAACAAUACCACCAUAAAUUUCCAGAAAAUAAUGCUUGGUGGUCGGUUACUUAUGAAUUAGAGGCUAUAAAUCAUGGAAGUAACAAACAAGAGGGACUUAAUAAAGUUGGAUUUAAAACCUAUAAGGCACUGAAAGUGGUAUACUGGUUACGUGAUGAACACAAUUCAUUUCCACUGAUAAUUGGUCUCGGUACAGAUACUGUGACUUAUUUUAAGCGAAGUGAAACUAUCACUAACAGAUGGGAAAAGGCUGAUAAGAUAAUCCACCCUGCAGAUUUAUCCGACUACAAUAGAGUGUUAUGCGAGCUCAAUAAAAACUUCAGAAAUGUUGUGAUAGUAAGCAUCAAUGCUGAUAAUAAACAGAACUACUGUGGUCAUCCUUCAGUCAAGCAAGGGGAAUCCACUCCAAACGAUUGUGAAGAGAAGCCUACAUUUCCCACUGUCAAAGUAACAUGUAACGGGUGGACUACCAAAGGCUUUGAUAGGUACAAUCAUAAGCUUUGUGACAAUACUUCCAUGAGAAUUUUAUCUGCUUUAUACAGUGAUAGUGUAUAUUCGUUUGAAAAAAGGGAUGUUUAUACACAAAUUAGUGAGGUUAAUGUGUACUACUCUUCCGACGAUGCUGCAAGGAAGAAACCACUAAUCACAGAAUUGGUUAUUAGUACGGGAAUAUCAGAGUAUUACACAUUUAAUGAUGGUUUUACUAAGAUUGAUCUAGAUGGUAAUGGUCUUACUUGUCAUCUUGAUGAACUUAACUGUAGGCAAAAUAACAUUGUUGUUGCUAACGUAUCUAAGAAGGAGAACUAUUGUUGCAAAUGCAGAUGUGAAAGAGAUAAGGAGAGAAUUCGCGUCACUAAGAAUACUGGAUCCGCGAAUGCACCCAGUGGAUACAGUAUAUAUGAACAUACUCUUGAAAGUACAGGGGAUCAAGCAAGUCCAAAACCCUCUUUUAAUAAGCAUAGGUUCAGGGAUGACCCUAAAGAUUUUACAUGGUCUGAAAGUUCAAUGACAGAUAUAAAGAAGGUAUAUGUCUACUUUUGUGACAAUAACACAAAUAUGCCAUUGCUUAUUUAUGUGGAUAAAGGAUCAGGGUACGGAAAAUGGUUCAAGAGGACUUCUGGAGGCUCCACCACUUGGAUAUCAGAUGAUUCUAGCUCCUUGCAAAGCAAAUUUCCUGAGUCAGAAGCCAAUGGAGAAAUUAAUAAGGCACUUUUAGAGAUCUGCAAAGUUUUUAAACUCAAUUGUGAACAUCCAUCAUCUUCAGAUAAUGGAAAAGCCUCUGGUGAACCCGCUCUUGGUGGUAAAGCUAAAGGUCCUAAACAAGGAGAUAGUGAAACUGAUUCUAGUCUAAAUUCUCCUUUUCCAGAGACAAAAACCAGCUCCGUUGAAAGAUCAAACAGUAUAGAAACUGUCCCUAAAAUAGAAAUCACUCAAGAGGGCAGAGAUAAUUCUGGACAGGACCAACCCAGUGACCCUAACAAAACAAAUGUGGCAAAUAGUAACAUUCGUGAAGGGGAAGGACAUACUAAUGGUAUAGAUGACAUUGAACAAUCCAACAAUUCUGAGAAUGGAAAUCUAUCUCCAUCUCCUAAAAAUUCACCUACUGUUCCUUUAGAAUUACCUAUUUCAUUGGAAAAAGUAAGACAAUUUUUUGAAUCUAUCGGAUUUACGACUGACAAAUUAAUUAAAGCAGCAAGUAUUGGUGGAUUUGGAGCGGUAAGCAUUGGUACUGGUAAAUUAAUACACUUUUGCAUUACGCGGCCAGUUUAA